AUGUCGCCGUCGCGGCCGCCGGCACAGAUGCCGAGCCUGUCGAUGCGCGUAAAGUCGUCGGUGAUUAUGGGGAUCACGGGUCUGAUCUCGCGCUGCUUCCUGCACGGGUUCAACACGGUAGAGACGCACGGGCUGGCUCAGUUCAGGGAGCUGUUGGACAGCCGGGCUGAUCCGGAGAAGAGGGAGAGGGGAUUGUUAACUGGUAUUUUCUCACCCAGUUUUAUCCUCUGCUGUAUUAAUAUAUUUUUAUACUUUUCCAACCAUGUCAGCGUUCUUGACGACCCCAUGGUAUGGGGUUUGCUGCCUCUUUCAUACGCCUUCAACCCAAACAACCUCCGUUGGACAUUAGGGGCGCAUGACAUCUGCUUCAAGAACCAACUCUUCUCCUCCUUCUUCACCCACGGCCAAGUCCUCCCCUGCCACCGAUCAAAACACUCCCCCCACGGCGGCCUCUUCCAACCCUGCAUGACGCAAGCCAUCCGCCUCCUCUCCCACCCGUCCCCCUCCCCUCCCGCAUCACCCUACUACACCACCACCGGCACCGACUCGAUCCUCUCCCCGCUAACGCACCCCCAACACCGCCGGUACAGCUGGGUGCACGUCUUCCCCGAGGGGCUGGUCCAUCAACACCCCGAUGUUGAUUUGCGGUACUUCAAGUGGGGCGUCGCGAGGCUCAUCUUGGAGUCUGAGCCAAGCCCGGAUAUUGUCCCCAUGUUUAUCGACGGAACGCAAAAGUGCAUGGCGGAGGACAGGGGGUUUCCAAAGUUUUUGCCGAGGGUGGGCAAGACGGUGAGGGUUACUUUUGGGGGGGUGCUGGACUAUGAGGCGACGUUUGGGGACUUGAAGGCGAGGUGGGAUGAGCUUGUCAGGAGGGAGACUAAGAAGGGGAAUACGACGAAAACGGUGGGGUGGUUGUGGAAGACAGCUGUGAUUGAACAGACAGAUGAUGGGGAUGGGGAUGGGCAACGACAGGUGGGCGAGUUGACGAGUGAGGAGUUACGCAACGGCAGAGAGGCGAGGGAGAUCAGGAUUGAGGUUGCGAGGAGGAUGAGGGAGGAGAUUUUGCGGUUGAGGAGCGAGAGGGGGGUUUACAAGGAGAGCGAGGAGAGUUUUGGGAGGGCGGAGACGUGGAGGGUGGAUAAGGGGGAGGAGGGGAAGAAGUAUAGGAGCCGGGUUGAUGGGAGUCAGAUUAAUCAGGAUUAG